AUGGCCAACUGGCACAACAAUUUCACAACUGGAAUAUCCAAACAAACUGCAACUGUUUCUCCUAGCAGCAACUUCACAGCAGCAUCUCAUGAUAACAGCUUCACAGCAGCUUCUCCUGACAGCAGCUUCACAAAUAUUUAUUCAAGAAGUUAUAGGAAUUCAUUGCAAGCUCUCCAUGAUGAAGAGCAAUCUGGUCUUGAGAGUGAUGGCAGGCCCUCCACUCCUAGUUAUAACAUUCUGAUAGUGGAUGAUGUUUUGCCAAUUGAGGCUACAAGGGCUAAAUUCUUGCAAAUUAUUGUUGAACAUUUUGUCAAAGAGAACAUGGUAGAAGUGGCCGAGACUUGUGAUGCUGACUAUGACCAUGGCCAUGAUAAGCACAAAAUAAAGCUUCAUGAAGUUUGUUAUGAAGGUGAUCCAAGGUUCAUGUUGCCCCUGAUGUACGUGUCAAAUUUGUAUGAGACCUUUGUUAAUGAGGUGAACAUCUGCCUUUCUUCUUUGGCGGGGAUUCGUGGGAAGACAAUUGGGGUAGCUCGUGGAGCAGCUGGUGGAUUGUACAGAAAACUUGCCAAAAAAUUUUCUAGAAAAGGAUCUUGUAGCCUUAAGAGAAGAGAAUUGGCCACUUCUCUUGAGACCAGGACAAGAUUUCCUGAGCUGGUUGUAUAA